UGCCUUUACAUUUGAAUUUGAUCAGCAACGGGGGAGAUUAAGUUGACCGUAUCUUCUUUCGAGGAAAAAUGGACCAGAAAGGAAAAACGUUGCUGAUUUUUUUCUGCGCCUUUGCUGUCUUCAUCCACAUCACCACUGCAGACCUCAGCUACUCUGUACCAGAGGAGAUGAGACCCGGAUCCAUUGUUGGAAAUAUUGCCAAGGACCUCGGACUGGAAGUCGUGAAAUUGUUCACACGUAAAGCCCGUAUUGAUACUGAGGAAAUCUAUCAGCACUACUGCGAUAUUGAUGUUAAAACGGGAAAUUUGGUCAUCAGGGAAAGGAUCGACAGAGAGGAGCUGUGUGGGGAGAAGGUGUCGUGUAUGCUCAAAUUCGAAUUAGUUUUAGAGAGCCCUUUGGAACUGCACCGUAUUUCAUUGCUUAUCCAGGAUGUAAAUGACAACUCACCCGUUUUUCCAAAGGAUACAAUUAAGUUAGAAAUACGAGAGUCGGCAGACAAAGGCGCACGAUAUCGUCUCAACGAAGCACAUGACGCGGACAUCGGACAAAAUACGGUUAAACAAUAUAGUUUACAAAAGAAUGAACACUUUGUUUUGUCUGUUCGAGACGAUCCCGAUGGAUCUAAGAACGUCGAGUUGGUGUUAGACAAAGAGCUAGACCGUGAAAAAGAGCACGAUUUAAAUUUCAUGAUGGUUGCUGUUGAUGGAGGCAAUCCACAACGAUCAGGAACGGCUAAUAUACACGUGACUGUGCUGGAUGCAAAUGAUAAUGCCCCAGUGUUUGACCAAGCCUUUUAUAAAGCCAGUUUACCAGAAAACUGUGCCCUUGAUACGGUAGUCCUCACUGUCAGUGCUUCUGAUGCAGACGAUGGGGUAAAUGGGAAGGUGACGUAUGAGUUCAGCCGCAUCCCAGAAAGAGCUAAAAAGGUUUUCUCACUGGACAUUAACACUGGAGAGAUAAAGGUCAUAGGACCGCUUGAUUUCGAGAGUAAUGCUAAAUAUGAAAUGCGCAUUGAUGCGAAAGAUGGUUAUGGACUUUCAUCUGAUUCCAAAGUUAUCAUUGAAAUCACUGAUGUGAAUGACAACGCCCCGGUGAUAUAUAUGAAAUCACUGACGAACCCCAUACCUGAGAAUGUGUCACCUGGUACAGAGGUGGGCAUCAUC